GAGAAAAAAAAUGGACAACCAAAGAAGCGGAUCCACCCAGGGGGCCGGUGGUAGCAAUGGCGGGAGAUCGGACGGAGCUCUAACCCCGCAGCAGCAGCAGCAGCAGCAACAACAACAGCAACAGCAGGGGUUGGCUCAGGGUGGCAACGGGAACGGAGUAGACAACAACUCGCAACCGCCCCAGGUUGGCAAUGGCGAGAAUGACGCUGCCGGCGGGCAGGAAUGGACCUACUACUACUUCUAGGCCGUUCUUUGGCCUUACUACAACACAGCGGUAGUAGGGGAUGGAUAUGAGUUGCUCCACCCUGGGCUCUCUCUCUGGUGGUGACCGUGUGCCCGCGGUUCACCACUUCCUAUCGCCACCGAUCAGUUUUUGUCGACGCGCAAGAUGCCGAGAUGAUAGCCAUGCUGAGCGUAGCGGGCCUUUUUGCAGAUACCACACAAUGAGGGAAAAGCAGCAGAGAGCCUACAGGCAACGGGUAGGUAGGAAAGAGAUGAUCAUUCUGUACCGGUGCGAUGGAGGUUGUUGUCUGCACAAUCAUCCAGUUCGCAACUCCCUGCACCUACGACGUGCCGCUACCCACCCCCCUGUAGCUUAGUCCCCCGCCGCGCCCUUUGUUGCCUCUAGACCGUGGCGUUUGUUUUUCCGUAGUGUUUAGGAGCAGUAGUGGAAGCAUUCUGGCCUAGUGCGCCGCGGGGUACGCAAUUUUUGUUUUUGAUGCCCGUCGUUUGCAACGCGGCGAGUGCAGGUGUGGCACACAAUUUCUGAUCUGUUGGACUCCCAGGCUUGCAUCUUAAACCAGUCUCGCAGGCUUCUAUCGUGAGGAUUCGCUUUACUUUGUACGCAUGCCACUUUCUGUUUUCGGCAACCAGAACAAGCAGUGUUAUUAUCAUUCUUCGUUUAUUUCUGCGUUGGUUUCCAACGUUGUUUGUUGUGUUCUGUGUCUAUAUCCAACACGUAGAAAUUUUUACCUUUGGUGACGUUUGAUAAGUUUACCUAUGGGGAGAAGGGGACAUGUUAGACUCAUCUUGUUAUGUGAUCAAUCUCGGGCUUUGACACCGAUGAAAGCCUUCGUGCGUUGCGUAAAAAUUCCUUGUAGAGAAGAUAUUUUGUGCCGAUACUUGCGUCCCGGUGUGUACGUCACUGCUGCCCUGAUACAAGCAACUAAGUAGGGUUGUUUUUCCGGUGACCAUGUAGAUCGCGUCCGGCAGCAUCUGACCGCAUUAAACAGAAGAGAGGAAACGUUUGUGGUUCUGUCCGAUUGGCAUGUUGUUGACCGUGAAGCCAGGUCACGAUCGCGCGUGUGCGUGUUGCUUGGAGCGUCCUCCGUGUCUCACACUGAUACAAGGUGCGUUGCCUCUUGCCUGAACGGGUACGCGCCUUUCGCCAAGGCCCAUUCUUGGCUAGACUAUGUUGAUGUUGUAGCGGCAAGCGGUUUGGUAGGGGGUACGCUUUUUUUAUAGAUCAUUUUAGGCUAUAUUUUUUGGUAAGGCUGUUAAUUCAGUAAAUUGGCGGGGCACGCGGAGUAACUUGGAGUGUUGGGCGGGGAAGAAGCACGACGUGCUGUUCGCUGUUGUCGCUUCUCUUUUUCUUGCGGCCGCUGCUGCCCCUCAUUUCGUGUUCGCGCACCCGGAGCGGGGGGCGGCCUCCCUUUGUCCCAAAAGACGAAGGGGAAGUAGUUCCGUGGCAGCAAAAAGUACAUGAAUGUUCACUUCUCGUUUGGUAGAACACCAACCCUUUUUUUCCGAUAGGUGGGUUUCCCCCGGAGUGAAUGAGUUGUUUUCGGCGUCCAGGGACUGGUCCGAUCUCGACACCUUUGGCUUUCGUUUCUAGGCACCCUCUCCGCCAUGUCUCCGCCCUGUGCUAUUCCUCCUCGGCAAGGAGUUCCAAGUUCAUUCGUGUCGAUCCGACCGACGAGAGUACCCGAAACUUGAGUUCUUCAGACUGAUAUCUUUCACUUGUGUGCGUGUUUCGUCCCGAUGACGGGGGAUGGGGAUACCUUGCGUCGUUCUGUUCACCUCGGGUGCACUACUUCUGUAGCAUCUGGGAGGAGGAGGAGCGUGUACUUGCGGGGAGGGGUGCCAGGAAUCUUCGUCUCUUCUGCCCGUUUGGCUUUCGAGAGCAAUUCAACUCCCCGUGUUUGCUCGCACGAAAGAUGAACGGAAGUUGGCCUCCUCCAUGAGCUACACGCCAUGGAAUCGAUGUCGUCCGGCAUCUUGCCCAACAGCAAUGGGGACAUGGCCGCAGGA